AUGAUUUUCAGGUCCGAUAUUCCGCAUGCGGUCAUGACGUUGUUGAGGUAUCUGCGACGUAGAGGGUUCGGUAUAGCAUGGAAGGCAUUUCUGGGAUGUUCAGUGGUGUUAAUCACUUUCCAGAUUGGCAACACAUUUCCACGUCGUUCACAUAAAGAUCGACAGAUUGAGAUACGGGUACUUCCGGACAUGUCGAAAAUCCCAGAUGGCGCUGAAAAGGAAGAAAACAUCAAUGUUGUUCCCCAACGACAUGGCGGCAGUGCAUUCAUCGCUCAUAUCAAUGGUGGAGUCAGGGAGAUCCCUGUGAAUCAGGAACCCAACGACACGCACAAGGCUCUGGUUCGACAGACUCCUGAACAAGCUCCAGGUGCUCCAGAAAUAAAUGAGUUCUACGAGAACAUCGUUGUCCAUUUCGAUCUGAAAGGAGCUCCACCGAGGGUACCGUAUUUUCUGGAGCUUUUGGAUCUAGUCGCACGAUCGGGAGCCACAGGAAUUCUCCUUGAAUGGGAAGAUAUGUUUCCUUGGACGGGACAACUAGCAAUAGCUAAAAAUGAUGAUGCUUACUCAAUGGAUGAAGUGCGGAGUAUUCUUAGCAAAGCAAGAAGCCUUAACUUGGAUGUAAUUCCAUUAGUGCAGACGUUUGGUCACCUGGAGUGGGUUCUGAAAUUGGAGCAGUUCAGAAAACAUCGAGAGAACGAUAUGUAUCCUCAGGUUCUCUGUUUGGGUGACGAGGAAGGUGUGGCGUUGGUGAAGGAUGCUUUGAAGCAGGUGAUAGACGUUCACAAGGAAUUCGGCAUCAAAUUCUUUCAUAUUGGAGCUGAUGAGGCGUUUGAGGCUCAUGGACCUGCGGCCAAUAAGCAACUUCUAGCCCUCUCUCAUCUGAAGAAUAUCUCGCAAUAUGUAAGGCAGCUGACUACGAGUGCAACAGUCCUAGCCUGGCACGAUAUGCUCAAAGACUUUGAUACACGACUUAUCGCCCAGCUCGAGUUAGGCAAUGUGAUCGAACCCGUUAUUUGGGAUUACUCGGAGAAUAUCGUCACUAUGCCCGAUGCGUCUUUUGCCCAGAUCGCCAACAACUUUCCCGUAGUUUGGGCGUCAUCAGCUUUCAAAGGAGCGAAUUUCCCAUCCGCGAAAUAUAUGGACAUUCGUCACUAUGAAACGAAUAACAGAGCAUGGAUCGAUACGAAAAUUGCCCAGCAAGGAAAGUUUGCGAAAUUCCAUGGUAUUAUCAUUACUGGAUGGCAAAGAUAUGACCACAUGGCGGCCAUUUGCGAAAUAUGGCCCAUAGGGACGCCGUCGAUGGUACUGAACGUGCAGAUUGCAAAUAUGGGAGCCUCAAAAGAUUCCAAAUACUGGCCCGAGACGAGGCAGCCCCGAGUGCUCGGAUGCAGAGAUUUCCAUGUUGGCGGUUUGGAUCUGGUCAGCAAUAGAUGUACCAAUUACACCGGCACUGCUCAGCAAACUAUUGCUUACAUAGAAACGGAGUUGCAGAAGAAUCACCACAUUAUGGGUUGGCUGUCGCCGUACAACAUGCGGCACAAUUUUACUCAAAAAUUGAUACAGUUCUUCGUAAGCAGUCUUCAUUCACAGAUCAAAUCGAUUGAAAUCAGCCUUAGAAAUAGAACUAUCUCGAAGUUGAUUUUCGACACGCCGUCGACGAGUUCAUCUAUCUUACUAUCUCACCGACAGUCGAUCGAUUACAACAAUAUUUGGACGAAAUUAAGCGAUUGUCAGCGGUGA